AUGUCGUAUAACAAGGCUGAGAAGGACUUUGGCGAGGCGCCGAAGACGCACAAGAUCCGCAUCACCCUCACCUCGCGCAAUGUCAAGUCGCUCGAGAAGGUCUGCCAGGAGUUGACCGAGCGCGCCAAGACCAAGGACCUGCGCUCCAAGGGCCCCGUCCGCCUCCCGACCAAGACCCUCAAGAUCACCACCCGCAAGACGCCCUGCGGUGAGGGUUCCAAGACAUGGGACGCCUACGAGAUGCGCAUCCACAAGCGCCUGAUCGAUCUGACCGCGCCGACAGAGAUUGUCAAGCAGAUCAUUGUCAACAUCGAGGCCGGUGUCGAGGUUGAGGUCACGAUUGCCGCAUAA